CAGCAAACACCAAUCCGAUCGAAGGUCUCUCCCUCGUCUCUCCUCGGCACCAACUGCAGUCUGCAGAUCGAUCUCGCUCGCUCGCUCGCUAGGGUUUUGUCUCGAUCGGGCGGGGCCUGUCUCUUCCUUGUUGGGCCGAGCCCGCGACACGACCUCGACUCCCCCCGACCUCCGCCCAAGGAUUUUAGGUUGUAGCAGUAAAAGCCUCCCCACAUGGAUGAGAUGAUACCUAAGCCUUUGAUCAGCAAUGACAAUGAGAUGAUGCACGGCCAUGGCUAUACCACUAUGGUCCACGGUAACAACGAGAUACUCAAUGGUAACGAGCUUGCCGUUCAUGCCGAGGUGAUACCAUCAGCCAGCACAAGAGGCCAGAAGAGAAAGUCAGCAAUUUGGGAACACUUCACUCUUGUAGAUGUCUCUGACGGGUGCAAACGAGCAAGCUGCAUACAUUGCAACCAGUCCUUAGCAUACAGUUCAGGCUCAAAGAAUUCAGGUACUAGCCAUCUCACCAGGCACAUUGCAGAAUGGUGCCGUGUGUUAAAAGAUCGGCAAAAGAGCAGGCGCUACACUACAUAUAAUAGCAGCAACGAAAAUGCUUCAUUUGACCAAGAACGUAGUUGCUUACGAUUGGCGAAGAUGAUCAUUCUGAAUGACUAUCCACUUCACAUCGUUCAGCAGCCAGCCUUCCUAUCUUUUGUUGAUAGUGUACAACCCAAUUUCAAGAUGGUUGACAUUGGUACAAUUGAAACUGAGGUGUAUGCUAUUUAUCUCAAGGAAAAGGAUCACCUGCAGCAAGCACUUGCAAAUAUUCCUGGAAGGAUCAGCCUCACUGUAGGGUCAUUGACCACAAACCAAAGUAUUAGGUACAUCUCACUUGCUGCACAAUUCAUUGACUCGGAAUGGAGGCUGCAUAGAAGAGUGCUCAAAGUCAUGAUGGCACCUUGGCCUCAGUCAGAGAAUGCAGUUAGUAGAGCCAUCAUCAAGUGCCUCUCUGAUUGGAACAUGCAGGACAAGCUGUUCACCAUCACCUUGGAGCACGAUUGCUCGUCGCACGAUAUUUAUAGCGCAAAUCUGAGAAACCAUCUCUCAGGUGACAACAUUCUCAUGCUGAAGGGCCAGACCUUUGCUGUGAGGUGCUAUGCCAACAUUCUAAAUGCAGUUGCACAUGGUGUCCUUGCUUCAGUUCACAACGUCAUCUACCUCAUCCGUGAGAGUAUAAAGUUCAUAAAAGCCGAUGAUGCCCAUGAGAACAAGUUUGCAGAGAUUGCCGUGGAACUGAAGAUCACUAGUAACAAUAGCCUGUGCUUGGAUGUUACAUCCGAGUGGAACACCACUUAUCUGAUGCUGUUGGCUGCCCUGGACUACAGACAGGUGUUCACUCUACUGGAGUCUUACUAUGACAACUACGGUACAGCGCCUUCGACGGAGGACUGGAAGAAAGUUGAGGCCGCGUGUGGCUUCUUGAAGCUACUAUAUGCGUUCACGCUUAACAUCAUGUCAGCAGAAGGAAACCAUCAAACUGCAAACAUGUUCUUCCAUGACGCAUGGGUCCUUCAGCUAGAGCUUCAAAAUGGCAUGGCUCAUGGAGAUGACGUUAUCCGUGGCAUUGUGAUCGGCAUCCACGAGAAGUUUGACAAGUACUGGAAGGACUGCAACGUCGUCUUGGCCAUUGCCGUUGCCAUGGAUCCACGCUUCAAGAUGAAGAUGGUCGAGUUCGCCUACUCCAAAAUCUAUGGCCCAACAGAUGCAGCCAAGUAUGUCAAGUUGGUAGACGAUGCUAUCCUUGACCUCUACAAGGAGUACGCUGCGCAGCCUGAGCUACUCCCAUUGUCACCGAUCUACGUCGACCAAGUGCCAGCUGACGGUCUGCCUUUUAUCGAGACCGGCGGCGCUCCGGCGACGGCUUCACCGUCGACGGCGGCGGCUGGCGCUGGGCUCGUGGACUUUGACAUGUACCUGUCGGAGGUGACCACCAUGGGCCAACCGUUCAAGCACGAGCUGGAGCUCUAUCUGGAAGAGGCCCUCACCCAGCGCACCCCGGAUUUCGACGUCCUGAAAUGGUGGCAGGACAACACGCUCAAGUACCCGACGUUGUCGAGGAUGGCACGGGACGUGUUGGCCAUCCCGAUGUCCACGGUCGGCGUCGGCAGCUCGGUUUUCUUACCUGACAAUGGAAGCAGGAGCCUCGACGACUACCGGAGCUCACUGCGCCCUGAACUCGUGGAGGCUCUCCUCUGCGCCAAGGACUGGCUCCAGUAUUCGCCAUGAAAUCCGUAAUGUAAUUAGUACUCCCAGUCCCAUGUGAAGAUGGCAAGCCAUUAUUCGCGUAGAGCUUAUGGAAUUAAACGUGUUGAUACUAACUGAGAGCUCCUGAGCUCCUGGUUUUUUGUGCCAAUUUUGAUUAGGUAGAGUUGCUCAGUGGAAAUUUCAUUUUUGUCGAAGGCCGCGGGAUGAUGUUAGUCCGUCGCGGCUGCUAUCACUUGUGUCCGCUCUGCUGUCAGUGUUACAUAACUUCGCAUUUGGUUCCUUCA